GUGCAUCUUCAUCUCCAUCUCCAUGCACCGCAGCAUGGCAGCAUCCCCUCCACCGAAAUCUGAACAGCCUGUCAGCAUCCCCUCCACCGAAAUCUGAACAAGCUGUCGGCGACGCGUCACCGGCUCCACCACCGGAGACAGAAACGCCCGGCGCGACAACAUCGCCGCCGGCCGCCGCCGCAAAACCAAACACCGGCGGCUCAAACGGCCAGCCCGCUGCAAGCCGGGAAGCAUCAGACCAGCGGCAAACCGGGACGGGACAGGCCGGCCGCCGGCAUGUCGUCACCGCCGGAGGAGGCGGGGCCAGAGUCGGAGCCGUCGACGCCGCGAGCGCUGGAGGAGGACCCGUCUCCGGCGGAGAAGGAGGCGCACCCGCGGUGGGAACGGACGGAGGCGCGUCUCGAGAAGAUCCUCGGGGAGGCUUGCACGAGGCUGGCCAAAGCCGAGUUGAGGAGCCUCCGCCACGACAAGCAGGGGCAGCAGUGCCUCCUCACCUUCUCCGCGUUCCCGGUCGGCGCGGAGGUGAAGAAGCAGGCCGUGACGUACUGGUGGUCCGCGCGCUUCAAACUUGCGUUGGAGAAGGGGCGCGGCGCGGACGGGAUCUUCACGAGGCUCUCCGGCCGCGGCUACCUCGAGCCGAUCAAGAACCGCUGCAGCGGGGUCAUCUACGGCUGCCGGGUGCACCCACUGGUGCACUGGAUGAUGAAGCUUCUGGCGACGGAGAAGCAAUGCGCUGCCCUGGACGACGUCCUCUGCCUCACGGCAGGCAACCUUGCCCGCAUGGAGGAACUGCGUGAGGAUGGUGUCGAUUUCGCUGCGGGGCGAUCCCAGGACCAACAAGAUAGGACCAGAGUUGAUGCUGAAAUAAAGAAAGUCAUCCUCAACAUCGACGCGCACGUGUACCAGCUCCCGGAGGCCUUGCUCACAAAGCUCAACGAUCGCGUAGAGGUGUUGCAGCUGGGCAGGUGGGGGAACACCCAUGACAAGACAUACAUGGAACUGGAGGCUCUAGAGUCGCUGAGCGCCAUUGGCAAGCUCAAGAACCUCCGGUACCUAAGCAUGCGUGGGUUGUCCCGGCUGACAGAACUCCCAAGGGAGGUCCGACGACUCCGAAGGCUGGCCAUCUUGGACGUGAGCGGGUGCCAGGACCUGGUCAAGUUGCCGUCGGCAACUGUGAAGAAUCUGGCGGGGCUGACCCACCUAGACCUCACUGGGUGCUACAUGCUGGCGCACAUCGGGCGGGGGGUCGCCGCCCUGUCAGAACUACGCGUGUUCAAGGGCUUUGUGUUCAGCGCCGUUAAGCAGCGGCGUGACGCGUGCAGGCUGCAUCACCUCACGAAGCUAAAGAAGCUGUGGAAACUCAGCAUCAACGUCACCACCGACGCCGACAUCGACAGGGACGAGAUGGCGCAACUCAGGAGGCUCUCCCAGCUUAUAUCGCUCACGGUGACGUGGGGAGAGAGGCCAAGCAUAUUGCUGGAUGAAAGCCAGAAUGACAAACUGAGAGAACUUCUCAAGAGGUGGACCAGCCUCGUGCUACCCCCGAACCUUGACAAGUUGGAUGUCCGGUGCUACCCCAAGGAGACGUUGCCGUUGGGGACGUGGCUCAAUGGCAACAAGAAACUCACGAAGCUCUACGUGAGAGGUGGGGAGGUGAAGGAGCUUGACAUCCCCGGAGAUAACGUCAUCGAGACCCUGCGCCUCAGGUACCUCAAAGAGUUCGAGCUGAAAUGGACGACUGAACUACUCCCUAAGUUAAAUAGGAACACCAUUAGGUGUGUGGAGAUUGUCGAUAAGGAUUCUAAAGUGAUGAAGCCUCAAACCAAAGGUAAGGUUGAGCUAAAGCAGGAGGAGGGGACAGAGAAAGAAAAGCUGGUUCCCAUUCAGAAGCGGAUGAACAUACCAGUGUUUACCAUGGAUGAACAUGGGGUGUGGGUGAGGGAUCUCAAGGAAGAAGAGGUCGGCCGCCAAACUCCAGGUAAAGCAGAAGCUGCUAGUGGCGUUGACAAAGCUGAAAAAGGUGUUGACGAUGCCGGCAAAGCGCAAAAAGAAGUGAAAGAAGAAGAGAAGCCAAGCAACCUCAAAGGCACCCAAGGAGAAAAUGAGCAACCAGGACCAGCCAAGGAAGACAAUGAGGCUACUGGUGAGAUAGAAAAACUUGACGGUGGAGAUAAGAACCAUGAGAUUGUUAAUAAAGAAAACGACAACAAGAGGGAGGCAAAAUCUGAAGAGCACAAUCCCAUGAAGCAGGGUGCACAAGUACACGAGCCUAACGAAGAUAAGAAUAAGGUGCAGGCGAGCGAUGAGAAGGAGGAACUCAAAGAGGACGUGGAGAAGCAAGCGUCACCUACUCUCGCCGUUGAUCAGACAGUGGCUCCGGCGAGGGAGGGAGAUAUCAAGAAAGGUGCCAUCACCGAUAAGACCCACAAAGAUAAAAUAAGUGAAAUCAAAGAAGAGAGGGGAGACGAACCGAGAGAUGCCAAAGGACGAGAUGAGCCACCUAGCAAGGAAGACACAGGAGACACCGAUGAACCACAAACAGAAGGUGAAGACGAAGGCAAAGACGACGAGCAACCUGCCGACGAAGACGGCGAUACAACCACCGGUGAUGCGACGAGCUCGCAGGCAUCCAAGCCUAAAGAGGAAACCACAGCUGUUAAAGCAGCCGCUUCUCCCCUGGCGGCACAGCCAGCAUUACCGCCUGCAAGUACCGGCGCUGCUCCAGCUGCCGAGGAGGCCAACAUGGGAAGGCUAGCCAAGAUGAUGGACCAACAGGCACCGGCGCGGCGGUAGAGAAUAAUUGAAUAUCAGAAGCAUGCAGUACAUCUGCCUAAGGUGCAUACAAAAAUAAAGAGGGCCGGGGGGAUUGUUCUGAUGGGCACCUUCGGUUUGGACUGUUCAAUCGCCCGGAAGUUGACAUUUGGAAGAAAUAACAACAGUCUGUUUGUACUCGUUAUCAGUAAUAUAUGUAUAUACUUACCUUAUGCAUAUUCUUGAAUUUAAAUUUGUGAACUCCAGUUCAAUCAAUAAA